AAUUCAAAAUGAGAAAAAUCAAAUUUCAGCCUCCUCGUCUCUUCACCCGGAGAAAUCUCUCCAUUGGAUCUCUCUCUCUCCUCAACACUUUCGCUUGAAGAAGACGAGAAGGAGAGGGAGGGAGAGAGAGAGAGAGAGAGAGAGAGAGAGAGCAAAAUGCAUUUUCCUGUCUCCAACCAUGUGAGGUUCUACGACUCUUCGUCCCCGUCCUCCGGUGUUUUUGCCUGAUUCUUUUCUUUCCUCCUCUUCCUCAUCGAUCGGUGAGUGAGUCGCCGAGUUUCGCGAGUUGACCAAGUUCGGAGCGCUGGAUGGCUUCAUCGUCAUCCAGAGCUAGGAGCAGUUCACCGUUCUCAUACCGGAGACCGCCGAGCCCCCACUCGUCAGCCUCGUCAACUUCUUCGUCUUACAUGAGUAACCGUCUCAUUCCGCGCUCGUGCUCUACCUCUGCUUCUUCGUUCUUCAACUCCGGCGGCGGAAUCGGGUCUCGAUCUAUGACACCUAGUCGUAGCCGCUCCGACUCGGCCUACCUCGACGCUGGGGGCUACGAAGGUCAAUCGCCUGUCCCUUAUCCGUCGGACGAGUUGCUCGGUGAGCCUAUGGAGACUACGAGUACUGAGCGAGAUAGCAUUUCCGUCACCGUUCGGUUUCGACCAAUGAGUGAUAGAGAGUAUCAAAGAGGAGAUGAGGUUGCUUGGUAUCCAGACGGUGAUAAGAUUGUCAGGCAUGAGUACAAUCCAGUCACGGCUUACGCAUUUGAUAAAGUUUUUGGACCACAAGCGACCACUCAAGAGGUGUAUGAGGUAGCUGCAAAACCUGUAGUCAAGGCAGCUAUGGAAGGUGUAAAUGGAACCGUUUUUGCUUAUGGUGUUACGAGCAGUGGAAAGACUCAUACAAUGCAUGGGGAUCAAAACUCUCUUGGGAUCAUACCCUUGGCAAUAAAAGACGUAUUCAGCAUUAUCCAAGAUACUCCCGGAAGAGAGUUCCUCCUCCGUGUUUCAUAUAUUGAAAUCUAUAAUGAGGUGAUAAAUGAUUUGCUUGAUCCAACAGGCCAAAAUUUACGUGUUAGAGAGGAUUAUCAGGGCACUUAUGUUGAGGGUAUCAAGGAAGAAGUUGUUUUAUCCCCUGGGCAUGUAUUAUCUUUCAUUGCAGCUGGGGAAGAACAUCGGCAUGUUGGUUCAAAUAACUUCAAUCUGUUGAGCAGCAGAAGUCACACUAUAUUUACACUGAUGAUUGAAAGUAGUGCUCAUGGAGAUGAGUAUGAUGGAGUUAUUUUUUCUCAGCUUAAUUUGAUUGACUUAGCUGGAUCUGAAAGUUCCAAAACCGAAACAACUGGACUGAGGAGAAAGGAGGGUUCGUACAUCAACAAAAGUCUUCUAACUCUUGGAACCGUGAUUGGAAAACUGAGUGAGGGCAAGGCAACUCAUAUUCCGUAUCGCGACUCUAAGCUAACCCGUCUUCUGCAAUCUUCGUUGAGUGGGCAUGGGCAUGUAUCGCUCAUAUGUACAGUCACUCCGGCUUCAAGCAGUAUGGAGGAGACUCAUAAUACGUUGAAGUUUGCCAGUAGGGCAAAGAGAAUAGAAAUUUAUGCUUCACGUAAUAAGAUUAUAGAUGAAAAAUCAUUGAUUAAGAAAUAUCAGAGAGAAAUAUCUAGCCUCAAACAAGAACUUGAUCAGCUAAAGAGGGGUAUGCUUGCUGGUGUCAGUCAUGAAGAGAUAAUGAUCUUAAGGCAGCAGUUGGAAGAAGGUCAAGUGAAAAUGCAGUCAAGAUUAGAGGAAGAAGAAGAAGCCAAAGCAGCUCUGAUGAGCAGAAUUCAAAAGCUAACGAAACUCAUACUUGUCUCCACCAAGAAUUCUAUUCCUGGAUGUCCGGGUGAUAUGCCCACACACCAGCGCAGUCAUUCUGCCGGUAAAGAUGAUAAGUUGGAUUCACUGCUCUUGGAUAAUGAAAAUUUGGCAUCUCCAUCUACGGCCCUGGCUCUGUCAUCAGAUGCUUCUUUUGAUCAUAAGCACCGGUGGUCUUCCAGCAAGUCGAAUGAAGAAAACUUUCCUGCUGGUUCUGGUUCAGAAUUGACUCAAGGUGGCAUCACUUGUGAUGAAAUGGACCUCUUAGUUGAGCAGGUUAAGGUGCUUGCUGGUGAGAUUGCACUCAGCACGAGCACACUAAAGCGUUUGGUGGAUCAGUCUGUAAAUGAUCCCGAGAACACACAAACCCAAAUCCAGAAUCUGGAACGCGAGAUUCAAGAAAAGCAAAGGCAAAUGAGGGUCUUGGAACAGCGCAUAAUUGAAAGUGGUGAAGCUUCAAUUGCUAAUGCAUCAUUCUUUGAGAUGCAACAGAAAGUUAUGACAUUGAUGACCCAAUGCAAUGAGAAGAGCUUUGAGCUGGAGAUCAAAUCUGCAGAUAAUCGCAUUCUCCAGGAUCAACUUCAGAAAAAGAGUGCUGAGAAUGAUGAAUUGCAAAAGAAGGUUACCCUUCUAGAACAGCGGUUGAGUGCACUUUCCAGUGAAAACUCAUCGUCUUCUAGAAGCUCUGUUUCUGUAGAGUACAUAGAGAUGAGAAAGAAAAUACAGACUCAGGAGAUUGAGAACGAGAAACUGAAGUUAGAGCAUGUACAGCUUGUGGAGGAGAACAGUGGGCUACGAGUGCAAAACCAAAAACUAGCAGAAGAAGCUUCAUAUGCUAAGGAACUGGCCUCUUCUGCUGCGGUUGAGCUAAAGAAUUUGGCAGGUGAAGUGACAAAGCUUUCGCUACAAAAUGCGAAGCUAGAAAAAGAACUAGCAGCUGCUAGAGAGUUGGCUCUCGCUCGGAACAAUGUUAAUGGUGCUACCCGCAAGUAUAGCGAUGGAACGAGACCUGGGAGAAAGGCAAGGCUCUCUGGCCGAUCCACUGAAAUCAAUGCACUGGUAGGAGCUGACAACUUUGGUUCAUGGAGUCUCGACCUAGAAGAUAUGAAAAUGGAGUUGCAGGCGAGGAAACAACGGGAGGAUGCUUUAGAGGCCGCUCUAGCGGAGAAAGAGUUCGUAGAAGAGGAGUAUAGGAAAAAGGCAGAAGAAGCAAAGAGAAGAGAGGAAGCUCUGGAAAACGAUUUGGCAAACAUGUGGGUACUUGUUGCCAAGUUGAAGAAAGAUGGCGGUGCCUUGCCCGAGCUUAAGACUGAUGAGAGGCAGCCGAAUGGUACAUCAGACCCAGAAAAAGAAUUGGAGAAGAGUUAUAGUAAUACUACGGUCCUGAAAGAGAGACAAGUGUCAGAUGCACAGAGACAAUCCGAAGGAGGUGUAGCAAAGGCCAAAGAGGGGCCAAAAGAGGAAAAUCUUGUUGCUCGUUUAAAGGCAAGGAUGCAAGAAAUGAAAGAGAAAGAGCUGAAGUCCCAUGGAAAUGGGGACGCCAACUCUCACAUCUGUAAAGUCUGUUUCGUGUCGCCAACUGCAGCAAUUCUGCUCCCAUGCCGACAUUUCUGCCUUUGUAAAUCUUGUUCCCUCGCUUGCUCCGAGUGCCCGAUUUGCCGCACAAAGAUAUCGAAUCGGUUGUUUGCAUUCCCAUCUUAAACCCCGACAAAUCAUCAUCUCUGCAACUAUUAAGGGAACUCAGUGGUCUGGGCAGCCUGCUGCUAUUUUCCGAGCGGGCAGGUUCGAAUUCUUUUGUUACUUGUUUCGGCUUUUGUAUGUAUGUGUUGUUGUCUUCAUGUUAUUAUGUACGCAAAAGAAAAAAAAAAGUACGUAUAUACGUGAGUGGGGAUAGCUCAUCUGUUUGCCUAUAUUUCACGUCGUAAAAGAUCAUGGGAAAUCAUUUUCACGAAACCUGUCUCUAUGAGAGCAAAAAAAAAUGCAAAUUUGGACCAAAUGUCCAUUUCUUUUCC